UUAUUGUUGCUGGUGCUGGCUCACAGGCGAAUCCAAAAAUCAAUUAAGUUAUGAAAAAUACCAUUAAUUGCCUUUCUUUGUCGCCGCAGCUCAUGAAGAAAUGGCGGAUCUCCAGAGGUUGUUUGUUUGAAGGCAAGCGCUUCGGUCCUAAUGGCGUGUAUAGACAGGAUAAAGCCCAUCGCAGCCGACGGGAAUAUUUACGUUUAGUAGAGAUACUGAAGACUGAUGUCCAAAGGCGCAAGAAUGAGCUGAUGGUUGUGGAAGUCUGCAAGAAGACAUUACAAAAAAGAGAGAGGCUGACUGGAAGAUGCCCAGAAAAAAACAACAGAAUCCACAGCCAGUCAAGUUGGAUUCUGAAGAUGGUGUAGCUAUUGAAGCUCCAGGAAACCUCAACUUAGACACAGACUUCCUUCUGGGACAAGACCUUGAGUUUGAUGAUCCAGAUCAUGACGACAGGAUUCUAGGCUUGGAAAAGUUCUCAGAGGUGGCUGCUGAGAUUGGCUUCUCUGUGUAUUCUCUGGGUGAUGAGGAAAGUCCUACCUACAGCCAGCUCAGUAUGGAAAGUGAAACUGACAACUCUCGCAGCACGACUGACAACGGGAGGGACGACGAGGGACGCGCAGCCCAGUCCGAGCCCAGCUUUCCUCCAUACCUGUCCUGCAGGAGCUGCAGCCAGCUCCGUGACGAGCCGCUGGGGUCUGGCAUAGACCUCGUCAGCCCAUACUGCCUAAGGUGCUGCAAAGCCUCCAGGGAAGCCAAAAGCACAGACUUCUGUUCGUCUUUUGGAGGCAUCAGUGGGAUUCGCUCGGGCGCCCAUUCACAGCUUGACGGGGAAGCGGUGGCCAACGGCAUGGGCGACAAAGCGCUGACGGCUGAGGACAAGUCGCCGAAACUGCACUCUUGUCAUCUCUGUGGCUUCUCCUCGCGCUACGCCAACCACGUGAAGCGUCACAUGAAGACGCACAACGGGGAGAAGCCCUUUAACUGCCCCCUGUGCACUUACGCCUCGGCGCAGCUGGUGAACCUGCAGAGACACCUGCGUAUUCACACUGGGGAAAAACCAUACAAAUGCGACAGCUGCACUUUUGCCUGCAGUUCCCUUGGUAACCUCAAGAGGCACCAGCGCAUGCAUGUGCCCUCCUCAGGGGCAGGACAGGAUGUUCCACCAGGAGCUGCCAAUGGCCAGAACAGUCUGAAGAGGCAUAUGACUGGGCAAAGAGCUGCUGGGGAGGAACCUGGUGCUUCUACCAAGGAGCUUUCAAGGCCAACGUCAAACCUGAGUUUGGGAGUCCAGAACAAUGACUACCUGUCGGCCUUUGAUGGUUUAAAGGGGGCAUCGCCGCCACCCAUCCCACCUUCUAACCCAGCCUCUGGUCAGCAUCCCCCACCUCUGCUGGAGACCACAGACAGUGGCAGCAGCAGGGCAACCAGGGGCAACAUAGCAGAGAGUGCCGCCCUCCCUCCCCCCCUUUUCCCUUAUACUUGUCGAUUGUGUGGCAUUGUGCUGGAGGAUGAGGACGGCUCCUCAGCCCAGAUCUGUGCCAAGUGUACCCUUGAUAUGUUGACCAAGGACUCCUCCUCGUCUCCUAACAGCCCCGGUGAACGCAGCGACAAGGUGUACACAUGUGCCGCCUGCCCCUUCCUCACACACUACCCCAACCACUUGGCACGUCACAUGAAAACUCACAGCGGAGAGAAACCCUACAAGUGCCCCCAGUGCGAUUACGCCUCGGCGCACUUCGACAACCUCAAGCGCCAUCACAGAGUACACACGGGCGAAAAACCGUACAAGUGCCAUUUGUGCGACUACGCUUGCGGGAACCUGGCCAAUCUGAAGCGCCACCAGCGGGUGCACUCGGGUGCCAAACCGUUCCAGUGCGCCGUGUGCAGCUACAGCUGCAACCAGAGCAUGAACCUGAAGAGGCACAUGCUUCGGCACACCGGAGAGAAGCCGUAUAAGUGUCAGGAGUGCGGCUACACUACCGGCCACUGGGACAAUUACAAGAGGCACCAGAAGAAACACGGCUUGGCCACGGACGGCUGGGUGAAAGUUCCAAUGACUGGAAACGGUGAAGAGGAAGAAGUAAGGAAAGAGAUGGGAGUUGGUGUUCAAACACACAGGAAAGAAACAGGCGUUGAUAUGCAGUAUAUGCCUCGGGAGGGAAAUCAGACAAUACACCCGUGCUACAAACUAGAGAUUGUAUAAAGUUUAACUCAGCAGAACUAAGCUACCAGCAACUUUUGUUUUUUUUUAAUCUUCACAGAGCCUUUAUAUUAUUUUUGUGUGUUGGUCUUUACUGUUUUGUCAGACGUCUUCAGAGGCUGCUAAUUGUUCAAUUAUAGAAUCUCGCACAAUUAAAAAAAAAAGUUGUUAAUGUUUUGAUGCCUUUUGGAUCGAGUGUCUGUUCAGUUUGACUUCUACUGUGUCAAUGAAUGGACUGUCUAUACUGAAGUCAGUGUCUUAUGUGUUAUACCACACUAGUACUGUAUGUUAACGUUUAUUAUAAAAACCGUUCCUGCUCUCAUAGCAAUGCAUAUUUAAAUACCACAUAUCACAAAAUACUAGGAAAUUCCCCCAAGUGCAUGGAACCCAUGCUAAUGGAGCUGAUGUCCUAGUCUGGGUCUAACGUUAAAUUUUGUGUUACAGGAAUAAUGUCCGUAAUAGUAAACAGGGCAGCUUUAUGUGAGUGUGGUUUCCUCUAAGGGACCCAGAAUCACUGUCUUUGCACUGGAGCGCAAGCUCUGGUAAUGACAAGCCUUCAGUGAUGUAUGUACUACUAGCAAAAUGCUAGUUAUUAGUACUUUGUUUAUUGCUCUAUAUAUAUUUACAUGUAGCUUAAAAACCUAAGUAUCAGCGUCUUUACCCAUACUGUAAUUUCAACUAAACCCAGGUUUGUAAAACAACAUUUCUAAUAAAUAAAACCACUGAAUUUUAACACUAAAAUCGCAUGCACACAUAUCUUGGAAGCUGCCGUCAGUUUUGAUUUGGUUGUAUGGUUCAAGAAAAAGCACAAUCGUACACACACACACACACACACAGUUGCAUUUGGAAGGUUUAUUCGACAGCGUCAUUCGAUGUUCGGUAGGGCGGGUUGAUAUUUUAUGUGACCAUUAAAUGCAAACGAGCAUGCUGAACAAAAGCAAACGUGACUAUGAUGCCUGCUAUACAUCACUAAUGUCUGCCGUCAACGGGCCAACUGAGAAGCGCCUGAGGCAGAAUGAACCAUCUUCAUUUUGAUUACUGUGAAAUUAGCCCAUUCUUGCUUUCUACUUGAGAAAAAAAAGAUUAGUAAGCAUGUGAGUGUUGUUUGAGUUUCUAAUGUGGCUGUAAGACACUGCUAGAAAUGCAUAAUUUAAUAUAUAGAUGCGUUUAUUAUUUUAAAUGUGUCAUCUAGUUACCAUGGGAAGAAUAGGGACUGAAAUUGCAUCUUUUUGUUAAUGAUUAUUAUAUGCAAGUGACAUAUUUUUCAGGUUGCCAGUUUGCUAGGACACAGUGGAUUAUUGAAUCCAUUGAUUAGUACCGACAUCGCCCAAGUGUCCGUUUUUUUCCUUAUGCAGUGUCUCAUAAAUGCCUUAAAAUGAGGAUUUUGAAAUAAACAUGGAACUCAUUACAUUGAA